AUGGGGUUGCAUAGUGGAAUGCGGAAGGUGUGCUUGGUGGUGAUUGAUGGAUGGGGGCAUGAUGAGAAGAAUAUGGAAGGGAAUGCGGUAGAUGGCUCUGGAUGCUAUUCGAUGAGGAGAUUGAGUGUGAUGUAUGACAGCUUUUUGCUGUAUGCACACGGAUGCCAUGUAGGAUUGCCUGAUGGGCAGAUGGGAAAUUCUGAAGUUGGGCAUCUGACGAUAGGAAGUGGCAGGGUGAUUGAGCAGGAUAUAGUGAGAAUAGACAAUGCGAUUGUGAACGGAGAGAUGCGUAGUGUUUUGGAAGAAGCAAUUGAGGGGGCAGGAGAACGGAUACAUGUGGUUGGGUUGGUGAGCGAAGGAGGAGUCCAUUCCCAUGUUCGUCAUCUCAAGGCGAUUCUGAAUGUUUUGAGGGGAAGUGGCAAGGAAGUGUUUGUGCAUUGUAUAAGCGAUGGGAGAGACACGGCGCCUCGAGUAUUUCUAGAUGAUUUGAACGAUCUUGAAUCGUGGUGUAAGGAUGCAGGAUUUGGAAGGAUUGUGUCAGUGGCAGGACGAUUCUAUGGAAUGGACAGGGCGGGCAACGAAGAUAGAACAGAUCUUAGUUUCAAGAUGAUGACUGAAGGAGAGGAUAUUGGCGAAAGCAUGUGUGAGUAUGUGCAUAAGAUGUAUGAAAAGGGAGUGUAUGAUGAGAUGGUUAGGCCGGCACUAGUCAAUGCAUGUGGAAGAGUAUGCAAAGAAGACAGUGUGUGCAUGUUUAACUUCCGGGCGGAUAGAAUGCGGCAGCUUACUCGAAGGUUUAUUGAGAAUGGAAACAAUGUGAUUACCAUGACGGAAUAUGACGAAGGAUUUACGGCAAAGGUUCUUUUCCGUAGGGCUGAUGUGGCCAAAACAUUAGCUGAGGUGCUGUCUGCAAAUGGAGUUGAGCAUGUGCAUGUGUCGGAGAAAGAGAAGGAGGCACACGUGACUUACUUUUUCAAUGGAGGCAGGGAGCAGCCGUUUAAGAAGCAGAGGACUGUGGUUGUGCCAAGCCCAGAUGCUGAAUCGUUUGAUACAGUUCCUGAGAUGUCAUCUGCAGAGGUUACCGAAGUGGCAAUUGACGAGAUGUGCAAAGGAACGCCGUUUAUUGUGCUUAACCUGGCGCCACCUGAUAUGGUUGGACACACGGGAAACUUUGAUGCAGCAAAGGAAGCUGUUGAGGCAGUUGAUGCAUGCAUUGGGAGAUUGUACAAUGCAUGUGCUGCGAAUGGAUGUGUUCUUGUGGUCACUGCAGAUCAUGGAAAUGCAGAGAAAAUGAAAGACGAUCGAGGGAUGUGUUGCAAAACACACACUACAAAUAAGGUGCCGUUGAUUGUGUGCGAUAAGAAGAAAAAAUGCGAAAGCAAGCCAUGGGGAUAUGUGGAUACUGAAUGCUCGAUCAGAGAUGUUGCACCCACUGUUCUGAAGAUAAUGGGCAUUGAAAAGCCUGCAUGCAUGACAGGACACUCGAUGGUUUGA